CACACCAGACACCUGCUUCAGCAAUCCCUCCAAUUUUAGUUCUUUUGUUCAACCUAAGUUACCCUUGAUUAUAACUUGUUAAACCUUUUACUUUGUGAAGUCUAAUGUAGUUUCUAUUAAUCAUACAUAAAAUACACAUUUUUAUCGGAAAAUCCGCCUUAGUUUUGAAAUUUCCUUUCCAUACAAAUUAAGAUUACAAAAGUGCCUGGUUCAUUCCUGUUUUCAACGUUAGUUUUCAUCUCUAAGAAACAUGUCGUCUAAUCAAGAGGACACACCGAUUCCAGAUAUUAUUAUAGACAAGAAUGCUAAGAAAAGGUACAUUAAAGGACGAUUUUUCGGAAAGGGAGGAUUCGCUAAAUGCUAUGAAAUUACUGAAGAAGGUAAUGCGUCACACAAGUCAUUUGCUGGAAAAAUUGUUUCUAAAAAAUUACUGGCAAAAAACAACCAAAAGGAAAAGAUGGUCCAAGAAAUUGAGAUUCACAAGAGUUUGAAGCAUAGGAACGUUGUUGGCUUCCACAGUUUUUUUGAUGAUGAAAAUUUUGUUUACAUUGUUCUGGAGCUGUGUAGAAAAAGAUCAAUGAUGGAACUGCACAGACGGAGAAAGACCUUGACGGAGCCUGAGGUGCGAUACUUCAUGAAACAGAUCCUGGAAGGUGUCUUGUACCUUCACAAUCGGGGAAUCAUCCACAGGGAUCUGAAACUAGGAAAUCUCUUUAUCAAUGAUGAUGUAGAAGUGAAGAUUGGGGACUUUGGUUUGGCAGCAAAAAUUGAGUACUCAGGGCAACGUAAGAAAACUCUCUGCGGAACUCCCAACUACAUUGCUCCAGAAAUUCUCAACAAGAAGGGACACAGCUUCGAGGUUGAUGUUUGGUCGAUUGGAUGUAUCAUGUACACACUGUUGGUGGGCAAGCCGCCGUUUGAGACUUCAACACUGAAGGAGACGUACUCUCGUAUCAAACGGUGUGAGUACCGACUGCCCAGUAACAUCGCCAAACGUCCUGCUGGUGCUCUCAUCAACGCAAUGCUCCAGUCGGAACCCGAUAAGCGUCCUACCAUUAAACAGAUUCUUGCUAGCGAGUUUAUGGUUGAAGGUUUCUUACCCGAGCAGCUGCCAGCGUCAUGUCUCACUAUGGCACCUAGAAAUGACACGUUAUUCAAGAACAUCGACAGUCCAAGCCGUAGACCUCUCAAAGAAUUUAAUAAUGAGCAUAGUCCGGUGCCGAAGGUGAAUGCAUGGACGGCCAACACUGUCAAGCUGCCAGGAGUGACACUGACAGCAGUGAGUGGACUGGUGCCCAAAAGCCGGCCGGGAGUCAGACAGAGUCUACCGGCCGCGGGCAGUGUGCCCAUCAUGCCCAACAAGACUACAGAGGAGUGCUCCGCUCAUCUGCGCUCUCUGGCCCAACAACUGCAGACUCUAUUGUCCGCACACCGACCCUCCGAGGCUAAGAGGCAACCUGUGUCACUCUCCAACCUUGAGGAGUUGACCGACCCAGCGGCUCAGCCGUUCGUCUGGAUCAGCAAGUGGGUGGACUAUAGUGACAAGUAUGGCUUCGGCUAUCAGUUGUGUGACGAUGGUGUCGGGGUCAUGUUCAAUGAUCAGACUCGCAUCGUACUGUUGCCCAAUCAGACGGACGUUCACUACAUUGAGCGCACUGGUGAAGAGUUUUACUACACGAUGAACGCGACUCCUCCGGAGAUAGAGAAGAAGAUGAAGCUGUUGUCGUACUUCCGACGUUACAUGACGGACCAUCUAAUCAAGGCUGGGGCGUCGCACGCGAGACAAGAGUGUGACAGACUGACUAGGGUUCCCUACAUGCAGUGCUGGAAACGGUCCAGCAGUGCAGUAACCAUGCAGCUCACCAACGGAACAAUACAGGUCAACUUCAUGGACCACACAAAGGUGAUCGUGUGUCCACUCAUGUCCGCCGUGACUAUCAUAGACGACAAGAAAAACUUCCGCACAUUCCGGCUAAGCACGCUAGAAGCGUACAUUUCUCAGCCACAGUUCCAACGAGUCGCUGAGUGUCUUCAUUACGUGUACAAGAAGAUUCCAGAACUGAUGUCCCCUCAAAACUGAUUGGAGGGCUUUGCUCACUUUUCUCUUCCAAAGCCUUUCAAGGUUCAAACCUGUCUGUAGAAUGAGACGUAGCUCGCCAUUUUGAGUAUAUAUUAAUAUUUAUAUUGUAAUAGAGAUUAUUUUUUUAAUGUUCAGUAUUCUAUGUUUUAUCGUAUUGUCUAAGUUGGAGUUUUAUAUUAUAUAAAAUAUUUAUUAAUGAAUUCAUUUAAAAGGUGUACUGUUCUUAAAAAUCCUACUCUACUAUGUAUUUUAUCAGAAAGUUUAAAAUUCUCCGUAUUUAAAAGCAGAUUUUUAUAAAUUUGUUCAAAUGUGAUUUUUAAAUUUCAGUGAACUUAAUUUUUGUUGACAGUUCACAUAUUGUCAUCAAACAACAGAACAAACUUAAUCUACAAAGUUUCUGCUACGUUCUUAAAACCUUCACUAAUAAACACAAACUAAGUAGGCUAGUUAAAAUUUGUAUAUAUUUAAUUAAUAUUGAUCUAUUAUUUGACAAUGAAUACUGGCAAUUAUUCUUAGUAAGAUUUUGUAUAGCCUAGUUUUAAUAAAAUUACUUGUAUUCCUCUUUGUUGUUGUGUUAGUAAAAUUUACUUAUUGACUAUUUGAAUUAGAGUGUCCUAAAACCAGUCUGUUUCUCGUUUUUCUUCAACACUGUGAUUAUUACUGCUAUUUUAACUAUAAGUUUAGAAUGUUUGGAACCGAUGCAAUAACUACAUUCUAAAGUAGGGUACAUUUGUUUUUGUCUGGAUAGUAGUUCAAUACUAGUUAAAAUUAUUGUGUUCAUCUAAUGAAAUUAAUUUAAAUGAAAUACCUUUAGUGCCAUUUACCUUAAAAAAACUAUAAAUACACUGCAUCAAAGUUUGAAAUAAGGUUUGAAUACGUAUUAGAAUGUUACUAACAUAUUGUAUGUAUAGUUGUCGGGAAACGUAAAAUUAUUUUGUAGUGGACUUUUUACUGUUCAGGGAAUGAAGUCUUCAUUCUAUAAGUUCAAGACAAAGAUCUCUAGGCCUCUUGAGGGCUGUUAACUUAUUUACCAUGGGUAAAUGCUUUUAAAGUUACAUGAUGAAACGACAAACUUAAGCCUGUACACUUACACCUGGUACAGCAUUGGUACACCUGGUACAGCUGUCAGCAACCUUUGCCCAAACUCCAAGUGACUCUUAAUUCAUUUGAUGAAUCCAGUGUCUGUUGCUAAAAAAUCUAUGUCCUCCAUAUUGUUAACCCUUUUUAUUGUGUGUCAAUAAUGUUUUAUUUGUAAUUGUGUUGUGUAUUGUUUUUGUGCUUUCAACUAUCUUGAACACUUUCCUUAUGUAAGUUAGUUUUGUAUCUAUUUCUUCUUCCUUAAUGAUAUAUCAAUAUUUGUAUUUUGGAACCAAAAUUUAAAAUGGUAAAGUACGGUACUUUUACUGUACAUAUCACAACUUUAAAAAUGAGUGUAUUUUGUUUGAAGGAUGGAUGUGACAACUAUAAAAUAAGUUUUAAGUCCUUAAAUCUGUACACCCAUUCAAAGAUCUGGUUAGUAAAUUCGGUCUAAAACAUAGAUAAGUCAACUUACAAAGAGUGUUUCAGACUGGGUUUCAAAUAUUUUUUAAAUCCAGACAUUAAGGUAACGUAAGAACUACAGAUUGUUUUUCGUCUUCUUCCAUCCAAUACGUGCCUGCCUGGUCAAAGUCAAAGUUGUUUCAUAUUUGAUGCCUUUUAGCUAUAAGAUUGCACAAUAACACAAUGUGUUCAGAUUCUGUUAUAAAACUCGUUAUUGAGUUGUUGAACUAAAUAAAUAUUAGUUUAUUGA